UAAAUAGUGGGCCCGAUCAAACAUCUCCCACUUGUUGGUGUCUUGGAUCGAAUCGAAUCACAACCCAGAAAUCUGCGUCAUACAUGGAAGGAUUUAUAUGAACAGAAGGCAGCGCAAACGCUGCGAUUGACCAGGGCUGUUGAUAAACAACAUCUCAAUUGCCACCUUCUGCUUUAUUCUGGGGUACCCUUUCUCUUUUCACAAUUCAAUCCGUCAAAAUGAAUUGCCUGGGGUCCAGUGGUCGCAAAAUGAUGUGCUACAGCUACUCGCUCGCGCAGCAUCGCAAUCGCGUCAUGUUGACGGCCUUUCGCCGUCCAUCAUCAGCCUUCAGCACAGCCACCACUGUUAUGCAACGGGUCCCUUCAAGAUCGCAAGCCCGGCUGCGACCGCCGCAGAAGCCGCUCGCGUCCGGCGCACCCGUUCAAGAGACACGGCAGCUUGUAAUGGCAAACAUCGUACCAAACCAACCUCGCGGUUACAUUCGCCCCAGCCGCUUCACGUAUAGACUCAUACUAUGGGGAGUAUUUGUCGGGCCAUGCUUGGUAGUGUUCUACUGGUGGGCAUCAGCCACGGUCAAGGCAAGCAAGAAUGAUGAUAUUUCUCAGUUGAAGUGGAUGCUCGAGAACUUUACGCUCUCGCGCAAAAAUAUAGAGGAGGGCCGCUGGUGGACGCUUAUCACCUCUGCGUUCUCACACAAGGACCCGUUUCAUCUGCUGUUUAACAUGUUAAGUUUGCGCUUUGGCGUCGAGGCGGCUCUUCACACCGGGCUGGGCCCCUUGCGGGUGCUUUUGCUCGCCACGGGGGCUGCUCUGAGCUCAAGCUACGCCAGCCUGUGGGACGGGGCUACGCGAAAGCAUGGUGCCGAUCGUGCUGGCCUUGGCGCAAGUGGCAUUGUCCAGGGUUUCCUGGCGGCAAUGGCGCUGACCCGCCCCUGGAUGCAAGUAUCGUUGAUGUUCAUACCCAUUCCAGUCUCACUCCCGAUAGUUUGGGGACUUUUCACUGCCUGGGAUUUCUACAAUCUACAUAUCGCCCGCCAAAACGGCGACAGUCCUUCCGCUUCCGGGUCGGUCGUAGGAUACGCGGCGCACCUGGGCGGCUCUGCCUUCGGAGCGCUCUACUGGUUUGUUCGUCUCAGGCCUGUGUUUGGAGGCAUGACCCUGGAAUACAUACGACUUGUGAUUUUCAAGCGAUGAACAGCUGUGGCCCGACUCGGCAGAAUUGAGGAGUAAAAAAUAGCUCAAUAAAAUGAAACAAUCCAACCAAAUAUAUCCUCAUGCAGCCAA